ACCUCACGAUUUAUUCCAUUGAUAAUGCUUGUGUGAGCGUGUGAGUGGUCACAAUAGCGUCCGCAGAGGCCUACGCCUGCCUGGACUCUGGCGGCUCUUCGGUCCGGGACCAGUCCCAGGUCUUGCUAGGGUUCGCAGUUUUCAUUGCCAACUUCAGUGAGAAAAAUCUCUGCAGCUCAUCUCCAGUUAAGUUUGCUAAUCUGAGGCGCGUCUCUUCUGGGAGGGCGGAUGUGAGGGCAGCGUGGUGGCGCCAGCACACGGGGAUAUUCCUGCUGAGCUUUUCAUGUCAUCACCAAAGACUGUCGCUCCGGUGUCCAGCUCAAGCCUACGUUGGGCCGCCUUCUGCAGAACCAGGGUCUAUCUUCCACUGACCAACAGGCUCUUCUCGGUCAUAAUCAACAAGAGCUGUACUGCAAGGAACAACACCUCCAGGGCCCUGGUUCACAAGUGACUGGACAGAGGAGCCAAGCUGAGGGGUCCUCUCAAACUCCUUUCACUCGCCACUUUCUCCUCCGUCUGCCACGGACACAUAAAGGUUCAGAGGACAACCCGCAUCUCGGCCUCAGUUUCCUCCCGCUCGAGUCAGAGUCGUCCUCACAGGUCCUGCUGCAGGAGUCUCUCUUGGCUGUCCUCAUUGAGAGAAGAAGAAUCGGCUGUUGAAACUGGAACCAGGAGCAGACCCUUUACGUCACAACAGAUGGCGCUCUCGUCCUUCACUGUUCCUCCAUGACGUCAGUUCCACCCGAGUCUGGGGAAGCGACAAUAUCUACAGGCGUCUCAUCACCACCAGGGGAGGCACGCAGUGAGGAGUCGGAUGGACUUCCAGGUUCAGAAACCUUCUGAAGUCAACAACACGAUGAAGAAGACGCAUGACUCGCACACGUGUUUCUGCUGCAUCCGUCAGUCGACACUGAAGUUUGCUCUCCAGACCCAGGACAGAUGAAAAUGAGAUGAUGCGUAAACAUGUCAGGGAAAAUGAUCAGAGCAGUUCUUCUCUCUGUGCACUUUCGACCCCUCGGAUCAAGCUGGAGAAGAAAGAGUUGUUGCGUCUACGUUUGGUGUGGGCUUGAACUAAAUAUUCGACAUAUUCAGUUGGUUUCUCUGGCGGACAGGAGGAGCUAACCCGGGAGCGUCAGGGCCAGUUAGUGCCUACUCACAUCGCGCUCCCCGGUGUCUGUCCGACUGCAGCUGCGGCGUCGUCCCGUUUCGUGAGCUCAACGAGGUAAACAAGUUUCAACUCCGACUCGAGUGAUCAGCUUCAACCGGCGGCGCAGCAGUACCACUUCCUCCCACCGUCGCUCCGGUGUCGCUGUGUCAAUAAAGUCGAGGUCGUGAACCGGAAGUUCUUGGUGAAACAGCAUGUUCCUCUGUGUGUUUAUCUCGUCCUGUUUUUAACUCUGGUCUUUUGUCGUUUUAUUGCACGACUUUUUCAAGCUCAGAAACACACCACAUCUAGCCGGAGAUGGGAGUCCCGGCAUUUUUCCGCUGGCUGAGCCGCAAAUAUCCGUCAAUCAUCGUGCACUGUGUGGAGGAGAAGGGCAAAGAAUGUAACGGAGUCCGGAUCCCCGUCGACACCACCAAACCCAAUCCCAAUGAGGUGGAGUUUGAUAAUUUGUACCUGGACAUGAAUGGAAUCAUUCACCCGUGCACGCAUCCUGAGGACAAGCCGGCACCCAAGAACGAGGAUGAGAUGAUGGUGGCCAUCUUUGAUUACAUCGACCGGCUCUUCAACAUUGUGAGGCCCAGAAGAGUACUGUACAUGGCCAUUGAUGGCGUGGCCCCACGGGCAAAAAUGAACCAGCAACGUUCUCGCCGCUUCCGGGCUUCCAAGGAGGGAGUGGAGCUGGUGGAGGAGAAGAACCGGAUCAGAGAGGAGAUUAUCCAGAGAGGCGGCUACCUUCCUCCUGAGGAGAUAAAGGAACGGUUCGACAGUAACUGCAUCACUCCAGGGACCGAGUUCAUGGACAACCUGGCUCAGUGUCUCCGCUAUUACAUCGCAGACAGACUCAGCAACGACCCCGGAUGGAGCAACGUGACGGUUUUCCUGUCCGACGCCAGUGUGCCGGGCGAAGGGGAGCACAAAAUUAUGGACUUCAUCCGAAGACAGAGAGCUCAGCCGCACCACGACCCAAAUACGCACCACUGCUUGUGUGGAGCUGACGCGGACCUCAUCAUGCUGGGCCUGGCCACACAUGAGCCCAACUUCACCAUCAUCAGGGAGGAGUUCAAACCCAACAAGCCGCGACCCUGUGCGCUCUGCGGGCAGGUGGGACACGAGCUGAAGGAAUGUGAGGGCGUGGCCCGCGAGAAGAGGGGAGAGCACGAUGAGUUUGCAGGUUCCAUGCCGGUGUGCGAGCAGGAGUUCAUCUUCAUCAGACUGUGUGUGCUGAGAGAGUAUCUGUCCAGGGAGCUGACCAUGGCCAGUCUGCCCUUCCCCUUCGACUUUGAGAGGAGCGUGGACGACUGGGUCUUCAUGUGCUUCUUUGUGGGCAAUGACUUCCUGCCCCACCUUCCAUCUCUGGAGAUCCGAGAGGGCGCCAUCGAUCGACUGGUCAACAUCUACAAAGACGUGGUGCACAAAACUGGAGGCUACCUGACCGAGGACGGCUACGUGAACCUGGAGCGGGUGGAGAUGAUCAUGACGUCGGUUGGCGUGGUGGAGGACAACAUUUUUAAGAAGCGCAAAGAAGAUGAUGAGAACUUCAAGAAGAGGAUGAAGGAGAAGAAGAAGAGGAUGAAGAUGGAGCAGCAGGGGCCGUCCUUCAUGACCGGCGGCCAUUUUGCCCCUCACGCCCUGGGGCGGCCUGGGCAGCCCGCCGUGGUCCACAAUGCGCGGCACCAGGCCUACAACAUGAGGAUGCAGUCCAUGGAGUCCCACAACAAGGAUGCUGCGCAGUCGCUGAAGGCCAUGAUGAAGAACGGCGGAACCUCGCCUGCAGGCCCCAGCUCCGACAGCAGGGGGCAGAAGAGGAAGGCCAUCGAUAGCGAUGAUGAGCCGGAGCCUGAAGACCAUGUCAGGUUGUGGGAGGAUGGCUGGAAGCAGAGGUACUACAAGACCAAGUUUGACGUGGAUCUGAGCGAUGAGGAGUUCAGGAAGAAGGUGGUGCGCUCCUAUGUGGAGGGCCUGUGCUGGGUGCUGCGUUACUACUACCAGGGAUGCGCCUCCUGGAAGUGGUUCUUCCCGUUCCACUAUGCGCCGUUUGCCUCCGACUUCAAGGACAUCAAGGACAUGUUCUCUGAGUUUGAGAAGGACACCAAGCCGUUCAAGCCCCUGGAGCAGCUGAUGGGCGUGUUUCCUGCUGCCAGCGGGAACUUCCUGCCGCCAACAUGGCGAGCGCUGAUGAGCAGGGAGGACUCGUCCAUCAUCGACUUCUACCCUGACGACUUUGCCAUCGACCUGAACGGGAAGAAGUACGCCUGGCAGGGAGUGGCCUUGCUGCCGUUUGUGGACGAGCGCCGACUGAGAGCUGCCUUGGCUGAGGUCUACCCCGACCUCACGCCUGAAGAAGUCCAGAGGAACAGCCUGGGCAGUGACGUGGUCUUCCUGGGCAAGUCUCACCCGCUCUUUGACUUCAUCCAUGAGCUGUACCGCAGCCAGACCCCGGAGGGCACGGAGAUCCCUGCCGAGCUCUGCCAUGGAAUCCAAGGUACUUUAGCUCUUGAUGACGACCCAAUUCUCCCAGAUAAGCCAGUGCGCUCGCCCAUCCCCAUGCUGAGAGACAUCGCCCUCAACAGCUCCAUCGGCAUCAAGUUCUCGGAUCCUCAGUACCAAGCGGACUUUGUCUUCAAGGCCGUGCUGCUGUCUGGAGCCAAGAUUCCCAGCAAAGUCCUGAAGCCUGAAGACUUCAACCAGAGGAGCCACCAGCCCUGGAGACCUCAGCUGGGCUUCAACCCCAACAGACAGCAGGCUCACCUGGACCAGUCUGGCUUCAGAGCGCUGGGUCACAGUGUGAACAGGAACCACCAGUCCCGUGGUCACUAUGGCCACGCCCCCCCGCCCAGCAGCUACAGCCACAGAAGCUACCGCCCGCCCCACGGCAGCAGCUGCCCGCCCUUCCAACAACAUUCCAGAGGCAGCAGCCACCCUGCAGGAGCCACCGGCUCCUACCAGCAGCGCUUCUCCCGGCAGCAGCAGUUCCAGGGCGGCGGAACCGGCUGGAACCGGUCCAUGCAGUCCCAGCCGUCGGCGUACCAGCAGAACCAGAAUCGGCAGCAGAGCGGCCCGAGACCCGGAGAGUUCCAGCGCUGCGACGAGUGGCGCAAUCGCCGCGACAACCGUGGGCCUCACAGCCAGGGCUUCAGCUCGGCCCGAGGCUUCCCGCCGCCACCGCCGUCCCAGCGCUACAAGUGGCAGUGAACCAGCCAGAGGCCACAGGAUUGGGGGGAGAGGGAAGGAGACACGUUCUGUUUUACCCUGUUUUUUUCUUUCUAUUGAUGAUUUUUAACUGUUUUUGAGAGGAAACUCCAAAGUGAAGUGCAUUAAAGCGUCUCAUGUCUCCAGUGGUCUGGUGUCUCUGCUGCUCACCCUCGUCAGUGCAAAUGCUGAUGUCAGCACUUUCAUUCUUGAUUUUAUCAGGAGAAAAAGACUUUUAAUUUCCCCUCUGUUUUUA